UAAUCGAUCAAGGAUAUUUGCUUUACAAAAACGUCUGUCGUCUUUCUUCCGUCAUGGCGCUCUACUUUCUAUAUGCCGUUGUUUCGGCCACAAUGCAACUUGUAUCAAGUAAUGAUCAUGCAAUGAAUUGUUGUUUGUCGUGAUUGAAUGUGUCACGUUGAAUGGGAUUGCGAAAUCGGUCUAGAAGGGGGAAUUCCCGCCAUUGGUACUAUCGUAGCUGGCGUUGCUGUUGAACGAUAUCUGAAGCUCGUUUUAGCUUCGAGUGCUCGCAAAUCGUUGAAAUACUGCGAUUCCUCAAACGAGGACUCGCUGCAAGCCAUUCUAGUGCGACUAUUUUCUGACUUUCGUGUUCUCUUGUCAGGUGAUGUUUACAUGAAAGUUCCUUUCCCUGAAGUUGAGCAAGAACAGUUUGCUAGUUUCGAGUGCCUCCAAAGCGGAACUCACAAAAAUGUAAGAGUUCUCAAGUGGCUUUUCAACGGAGCGCCCCUUCCCAGAGAUACCCGUAUUACAUCUGCUCGCUCCCCAUACUACAACUACCUGCAAAUAGGCACGAGUCUUCCAAAGCACUCCGGAGUAUACACGUGUGUGGCUCAAGACGGAGGAGAAAUACGCAAUGCGUCGGGAAAACUCUUCGUUGCCUGUCCCAUCAAGCCGUACAAGCAACCCAUAACGAAAGCUCUCCUUGGGAGCAACAUUAGUCUGCAAUGUGACGGGGAAUGCUAUCGAUACAUUAUGUGGGCUAAGAACAAUGACUAUGUCACAAGCACUGAAUCCGAACGGUUCUCGUCUCCAGGAAACGGGUCGAUACUCCAUAUUACUAACGUGAGUCUAUCAGACAAUGGAACGUUUACGUGUGAUUUUUACCUCUUGAAAAUGAAACGAGCCUUUGUACAACUAUUAGUCAUAGUCCCAGCGGAUCACGUCACCGUACGAAACUCGAACGAGGUCGCAGAAAUCGGUCACCGUUACGAGAUACAGUGCCAGAGCAACGGGAUACCUCGACCGGAAUCGGUUUCCUGGUUUAACAAUUCCGUACACAUUAGUCAGACAAACAGAGUAUCGAUGCAAUACGAUGGAGAGACCGGGACCGCAACGUUGGCUCUACAUCGGGUAACUCGUUUCGAUCUGUCGAGCAUCACGUGCCGCUUCAAGCAAACGCUCAAUGCACAAAAACUCAACUACGUAGCUGCUACAAAUCUUAUCACUCCAACCGGGAAGCCGGACGCGCCAACCAACGUCACACUGGAUCUGUACGUCUCGCGUCCGAUUAGAUUCCACUUGUCCUGGGCUGCUCCGAGAUUUACCGGCCACUUGCGAAUGCUCGCGUACCGUGUCUCGUACUGGAAUGACAACGACUGUCGGGGAGCUUCCGUGACUGCUUGUUCUAUAGGUGAAUACUGGCUCGACGAUUCCGUUCUGUCUCAUGAGUUUGAGCCGCAGGGAUACAGCAGCCGCGCGAGGGUAUGCGUGAGCGUACAGUCGGUCAACAACAACGGUUUGAGCGUUGCCAGCGAGGCUACAUGCGUUGGAGUCAGACGCUCUGUUUCUUCUCCUCCUCCAUACACGUUACAGCCACCGGCACACGAUAUCUCAAAUACAUAUACCCAUGUACCUAAAACGAGAGCAGAAUUUCAAGCACUGCUUAGGAACGUUGACCUGUGCUCUGGAACCAUUAAAGUUGGUCAAGAGCUCGUUACCAAAGCCUUAGCAUCUCACUUCAGUUGGUUAUGUUCGUGCAAUAUUUCACCUCAAGAUCUGAAUGUCAUUUCAUACGUUCAGUUGAGCGGUAUCGUCUACUACCACGGAACCAUCUUAUCGUCCACACCAAGGCAUCUAAUUGAGAACCUAUCACAGAGCAUUCAAACUGGUAAGGCAAUGAUGCCUCUAUAUGACAAUUAUCUACUUUUCCUUCACACCUGCCCAACCAUACCAAGUCAAGGAGAGUGUACGAUCUCCACAGCAGACAACCCAGUUCUGCGUUGUCAGAGCACAGAGGAUAAACUUAGAGAAGACGCAACAGCUGCAGCAGCCACUGAAGAUAGUACACCUUGGCUGUCACUGCCUAGCAUCAUUAUUAUAUCUGUUCUGGGAUGUCUUCUCCUCUUUGCUAUUGUCAUCUCUAUAGUGGCAUUUGCUGCCCCAUGUCGACACUACAAUCAAGCAGUUGGAGACAAAGAUGGCUUUAAAAAACGGAGCCAAUCAGAAUUUGCUAAUUCCAACAAGAAAGAUCACGCAGUAAACGAUCAGUUGUCUGACCAAGACGCUGAUCAGUGUAGAGAAUCAUUCUAAGUCUGAUGCAAAAUUCACUUGUUUUUUGGAAACACAAGACAACGGUACGUGCCGCUGCACGUGACUACUUGGAUCCACUCAGACGCACUAUUGUUACUGAAGUUGUUAGUAAACGAACCCUACAACUGCAACAACAUUUGUUGCAAACUGCAAAUUUGUAUACGCGGAGCAAACGAGCUCCUACUGUAUCUAGUUGACUGAUAAUUAUAGUUAUUGUAUAUAGACAAAAUUGCUAAUAAAUAAUUAAUUUUAUCGUUUAAUUAAUUAAUUAAUUGCAUUUGUGUGUUGCUCAACCUUUUGUCAUAUUGAAAUGUCC